AUGGAUAUUUCUAAGCCAGUAGGUUCUGAAAUUACAUCUGUUGAUUUCGGGAUCCUUACAGCCAAGGAGAUCAGGAAUUUAUCAGCAAAACAAAUAACCAAUCCAACAGUUUUGGAUAAUCUGGGUCACCCAGUUUCUGGCGGUUUGUACGAUUUAGCUUUAGGUGCUUUUUUAAGAAAUUUGUGUUCCACUUGUGGUUUGGAUGAGAAAUUUUGUCCUGGCCACCAAGGUCACAUUGAAUUACCAGUCCCUUGUUAUAAUCCAUUGUUCUUUAACCAGUUAUAUAUUUAUUUAAGAGCAUCGUGUUUGUUCUGUCACCAUUUCCGUUUGAAGUCAGUGGAAGUUCACCGUUACGCAUGUAAGCUGAGAUUGUUACAGUACGGUUUGAUAGAUGAAUCUUAUAAGUUAGAUGAAAUAAAUUUGGGCUCUCUUAACAGCAGUAUGUACACUGGUGACGAAGCUAUUGAGGAUAAUGAAGACGAGAUGGAUGGUGAAGAAGGCAAACAGUUAAAGGAUGUCUCCUCCACUCUUUUGAACGAAUUGAAAACUAAGCGUUCAGAAUAUGUCCAAAUGGCUAUUGCUAAAGCUUUGUCCGACGGUAGGACUACUGAGAAAGGCUCGUUCACCGCCACUGUCAAUGACGAAAGAAAAAAAUUGGUCCAUGAAUUUCACAAGAAAUUACUAGCCAGAGCUAAGUGUGAUAAUUGUGGUAUGUUUUCACCAAAAUUCAGAAAGGAUGGUUUUACAAAGAUCUUCGAAACCGCGUUGAAUGAAAAACAGAUCACAAACAACAGAGUAAAAGGGUUCAUUCGUCACGAUAUGAUUAAGAAACAAAAACAGGCCAAAAAAUUAGAUAGCUCUAACGAAGAAUCUACGAAUGAUGAAGAAAGUUUCGACGUUGGUAGGAAUCCUACUGCUAGACCGAAAACUGGCUCCACGUAUAUUUUAUCUACUGAAGUGAAAAAUAUUCUAGAAACUGUUUUCAAAAAAGAACAAUGCGUUUUGCAAUAUGUUUUUCAUUCGAGACCUAACCUAUCAAGAAAAGUGGUUAAAGCAGACUCUUUUUUUAUGGAUGUCAUUGUUGUUCCGCCAACCAGGUUCCGUUUGCCAUCUAAGCUAGGUGAUGAAGUUCACGAAAACUCUCAAAAUCAACUGUUGUCAAAGGUUCUAACCACGUCAUUAUUGAUUAGAGACUUGAAUGAUGAUUUAUCUAAGUUGCAAAAGGACAAAGUAUCUUUGGAAGAUAGAAAAGUUAUAUUCAGUAGAUUGAUGAACGCCUUUGUCACUAUUCAAAACGAUGUCAAUGCCUUUAUUGAUUCUACCAAGGCACAAGGUAGAACCAGCGGUAAAGUUCCUAUUCCAGGUGUUAAACAAGCACUAGAAAAGAAAGAAGGUUUGUUUAGAAAGCACAUGAUGGGUAAGCGUGUUAACUACGCCGCUCGUUCCGUUAUUUCUCCAGAUCCAAAUAUCGAAACUAAUGAAAUUGGGGUCCCACCUGUUUUUGCAGUUAAGCUAACGUACCCAGAACCAGUGACCGCUUACAACAUAGCGGAGUUGCGUCAAGCUGUCAUUAAUGGUCCAGAUAAAUGGCCAGGGGCUACUCAAAUUCAAAAUGAAGACGGUUCUUUGGUUUCUUUGAUUGGCAUGUCUUUCGAGCAACGUAAGGCUUUGGCUAAUCAACUGUUAACGCCUUCUUCAAACGUUUCCACACACACUUUAAACAAGAAGGUUUACCGUCACAUUAAGAACAGAGAUGUUGUCCUAAUGAAUCGUCAACCUACCCUGCAUAAAGCUUCCAUGAUGGGUCAUAAGGUUAGAGUAUUACCUAAUGAAAAGACUCUGAGAUUACAUUAUGCUAAUACAGGAGCCUAUAAUGCGGAUUUUGAUGGUGAUGAAAUGAACAUGCAUUUCCCACAGAAUGAAAACGCAAGAGCUGAAGCACUAAAUUUAGCUAAUACCGAUUCCCAAUACUUGACACCAACCUCCGGUUCUCCAGUUAGAGGUCUAAUUCAAGAUCAUAUUUCAGCCGGUGUUUGGUUAACAAGCAAAGAUAGUUUCUUUACUAGAGAACAAUACCAGCAAUAUAUCUAUGGUUGUAUUCGUCCCGAAGACGGUCAUACGACGAGAUCUAAGAUUGUUACAUUGCCUCCAACUAUCUUCAAACCAUAUCCAUUGUGGACUGGUAAACAAAUUAUUACGACAGUGUUACUGAAUGUUACCCCUCCAGAUAUGCCAGGUAUUAAUUUGAUAUCUAAAAAUAAAAUUAAGAAUGAAUAUUGGGGCAAAGGGUCUCUGGAAAGCGAAGUCCUCUUUAAAGACGGUGCACUAUUAUGUGGUAUUUUAGAUAAGUCACAAUACGGUGCCUCUAAGUAUGGUAUUGUUCAUUCAUUGCAUGAAGUCUACGGCCCAGAAGUUGCUGCUAAAGUUCUGUCAGUUUUGGGUAGACUAUUCACCAACUAUAUCACGGCCACAGCAUUUACUUGUGGUAUGGAUGAUUUGCGUUUGACAGCUGAAGGUAACAAAUGGAGGACCGACAUUUUGAAGACAUCUGUUGAUACCGGUCGUCAAGCCGCUGCGGAGGUCACCAAUUUAGAUAAAGAGACACCAUCAGAUGACCCAGAGUUAUUAAAGAGAUUACAAGAAAUCCUACGUGACAAUAAUAAGUCUGGCAUUCUUGAUGCUGUUACGUCCUCUAAGGUUAAUGUUAUCACUUCUCAAGUGGUCUCCAAGUGUGUACCAGAUGGUACUAUGAAGAAGUUCCCAUGUAAUUCCAUGCAAGCAAUGGCUCUCUCUGGUGCCAAAGGUUCUAACGUUAAUGUUUCUCAAAUCAUGUGUUUGUUGGGUCAACAAGCUUUAGAAGGUAGAAGAGUGCCAGUAAUGGUUAGCGGUAAAACUUUGCCCUCCUUCAAACCUUAUGAAACGGAUGCAAUGGCCGGUGGUUAUGUCAAGGGUCGUUUCUAUUCUGGUAUCAAGCCCCAAGAGUAUUAUUUCCAUUGUAUGGCUGGUCGUGAAGGUCUGAUUGAUACUGCCGUUAAGACAUCUAGGUCCGGUUACUUGCAACGUUGUUUGACGAAACAAUUAGAAGGUGUUCACGUAUCUUACGAUAACAGUAUAAGAGAUGCAGAUGGUACCUUAAUACAAUUCAUGUACGGUGGUGAUGCUGUUGACAUUACCAAGGAAUCGCAUAUGACUCAAUUCGAAUUCUGCUUAGAUAACUACUAUGCAUUAUUGAAGAAAUACAACCCAUCUGCAUUAAUCGAACAUUUGGAUGUUGAGUCUGCCUUGAAGUACUCCAAAAAGACUUUGAAAUACAGAAAGAAGCAUAGUAAAGAACCUCAUUACAAGCAAUCUAUGAAAUACGAUCCUGUCUUAGCUAAAUACAGUCCUGCUAAGUAUUUAGGCUCCGUUUCCGAAAACUUUCAAGAUAAACUAGAAUCUUUCUUAGAUGAGAAUUCCAAAUUGUUCAAAUCGACAGAUGGUGUUAACGAAAAGAAAUUCAGAGCUUUGAUGCAAUUAAAAUACAUGCGUUCUCUCAUCAAUCCAGGUGAAGCUGUUGGUAUUAUUGCUUCUCAAUCUGUUGGUGAACCUUCAACACAAAUGACAUUGAAUACCUUCCACUUUGCUGGUCAUGGUGCUGCAAAUGUGACACUAGGUAUCCCUCGUUUAAGAGAAAUUGUUAUGACUGCUUCUGCCGCUAUCAAAACUCCACAGAUGACAUUACCUAUUUGGGAUGAUGUUUCUGAUGAGCAAGCUGAUACCUUCUGUAAAUCUAUUUCAAAAGUUCUAUUAUCAGAAGUGAUAGAUAAGGUGAUAGUCACUGAAACCACUGGUACCUCAAAUACCGCCGGUGGAAAUUCUGCCCGUUCUUAUGUCAUUCACAUGAGGUUUUUUGACAAUAGUGAGUAUAGUGAAGAAUACGAUGUUUCUAAAGAAGAAUUACAGAAUGUUAUAUCCACCCAAUUCAUACAUUUGUUAGAAGCUGCUAUUGUAAAGGAAAUCAAAAAGCAGAAGAAGACGACAGGACCAGACGUUGGUGUUGCAGUACCUAGAUUACAAACAGAUGUUGCAAGCAGUUCCUCAACCUCUAAAAAGUUGGAAGAAGAUAACGAUGAAGAACAAAGUCACAAAAAGACUAAGCAAGCGGUUUCCUAUGAUGAGCCAGAUGAAGAUGAAAUUGAAACCAUGAGAGAAGCUGAAAAAUCUUCCGAUGAAGAAGGCAUUGAUUCUGAUAAAGAAAGUGACUCUGACUCCGAUGAGGAUGAAGAUGUUGACAUGAAUGAGCAGAUUAAUAAGAGCAUAGUGGAAGCUAAUAAUAAUAUGAGCAAGGUGCAACGCGAUCGUCAAUCAGCCAUUAUUUCUCAUCAUAGAUUCAUUACCAAGUACAACUUCGAUGAUGAAUCAGGCAAAUGGUGUGAAUUUAAAUUAGAAUUGGCUGCAGAAACGGAAAAACUGCUGAUGGUCAACAUUGUCGAAGAAAUUUGUAGAAGGUCCAUUAUUAGACAGAUUCCUCGUAUUGACCGUUGUGUCCAUCCAGAACCUGAAAAUGGAAAGCGUGUUCUUGUUACAGAAGGUGUCAAUUUUCAAGCUAUGUGGGAUCAAGAGGCAUUUAUCGAUGUUGAUGGUAUUACAUCCAAUGAUGUUGCUGCAGUUUUGAAGACUUACGGUGUGGAAGCUGCCAGAAAUACCAUUGUGAAUGAAAUCAAUAACGUUUUCUCUCGUUACGCCAUCUCCGUUUCUUUCCGUCAUUUAGAUUUACUCGCUGAUAUGAUGACCAGACAAGGUACUUAUCUAGCCUUUAACAGACAGGGUAUGGAAACAUCUACUUCAUCGUUUAUGAAGAUGUCCUAUGAAACUACGUGUCAAUUCUUGACCAAAGCCGUUCUAGAUAAUGAGCGUGAACAAUUAGAUAGUCCUUCGGCUAGAAUUGUGGUAGGUAAAUUGAACAAUGUUGGUACAGGUUCCUUCGAUGUGUUGGCAAAAGUCCCUAACGUUGCUUAG